GGGAGAAUCAUCAGAUAUGAAGUGAUAAGGCGACUAACACCACGGUCUUUGGGCCGCAACAUCCGACAAACAGGUGAAACUGUUGUCUAUGAGACCACAGACACAGAUCAAGAUAACUACAUGUUUGUGGACAGUGACCUGGCCCCAUACACUGUAUACGAGUACAGAGUCAGGGCCCACAACAGCAUUGGCUCUGUGGAUAGUGACUGGAUCCGUGUGGAAACUGCUCAGGCUGCGCCCACCAGUGUCGAGGCUCCAGUUGUAGAAUACAUUGGCUCAAACGCUCGCACACUGAGGAUAAAAUGGACUGCACCAGCCACACCCAACGGAGUCAUUGUUAGCUACCAGUUGCAGAGGAAUGACAGCGCACCCAUCUCUUUCUCAGCAGGAGACUCGAGGCUGUUUGAUUACCAGGACCCAGGACUGGAGCCCUACACUGUCUACAGCUACACAAUAACAGCAUGCACAGCAGGCGGGUGCACUACCAGUCAGCCAGCAACCAGACGUACAUUGGAAACUGCUCCUCUCCAAGUAGAGGCACCUGUCAUUGCUGCCAUCAACUCCACAGCAGUGCAGGCAACAUGGUCGUAUCCCAGAAUACUGAAUGGAGAGAUCAACAACUUUGAGCUGAAGGCUGACGGAAUAACCAGAUGCUCUGGGUUGAUUACCAUGUGUGUUGUUGACAGUCUUAUCUCAUACAGAGAGUAUGGCUUCACUGUGAGAGCUUGCACAGGAGGUGGAUGUACGGACAGCCCAACCACUCUUGCACGCACAACAGAGGCCCGGCCAACAAACCAACAGUCUCCAACCCUUCGUGUGCUGAGUUCAACUGUGGUGGAAGUAACAUGGAAUGAGCCACUGUAUCCAAAUGGUGUCAUAAGGCGGUAUGAGGUCCGAAGAGAUGGAAAUUUGGUUUAUGAUGAGAGUGACACAAGGUACACCGACUAUGGGCUUACCCCUGGAAGACAGUACAGCUACACUGUGGAAGCCUUUAACAGCAUUGGUGGUACAGGACCCAGCCCACCAGCCAUAAUCAAUACCAUUGCUGACAUUCCAGCUGGAUUGGACCCACCGACUCUCACUGCUCUAUCCUCCACUGCCAUCCGAGCAGAAUGGAUGCCUCCAGCAUUUCCCAAUGGAAUCAUUCGAAACUACACCCUGUAUGUUGAUGGGACCCCUCAAUACACGUUAACAGGGGACACCUUUCAGAGGGACGUAUACGGGCUGCAGCCAUACACACAGUAUGUUUUCUACCUGGAGGCCUGUACGUUGAAGGGCUGCGUACAGAGUACAGCUUCCAGGGAGUAUACCAGAGAAGCCCCACCUGUUAACCAGCCUCUGCCUGUACUUACACAACUGGCUGACUCUCUUGGUGCCAUGCUUGGUAUCCAGGCAUCUUGGGGUGCCCCCAGCAACCCCAGAGGGAUCAUCACAGAGUACCGCUUGUACAGGAGACAGCAAUCCACCUCCAGCCCUGUGUUUGUGUACAACGGCUCUGCAGCCAUUACAGUCUACAGUGACACAGAUAAUUCCCUCCAACCUGCUACAUUUUAUGAGUACAUUGUGGUAUCAGUUAACCGUGCAGGCACCUCCUGCAGCAGCAUUCUCCAGUGUCCCUGGCAGUCUGUCAAAACGGGAGACUCACGACCAGAAGGCUUACAAGCACCAACCUUCUCAUCCGUCACUGGAAGCCAGGUGACUGUGAACAUUGCCCCUCCAGCAAGACCAAACGGAGACAUUGUGAAGUAUGACAUCCAAGCCAAUGUCUCAGGGGUCCUCCAGGUUGUGGUAUCAACUGUCAGGAUGCCAUGGGAGAUCACAAACCUCCAUCCGUACACCAACUAUGAGUUCAGGGUUGCAGUGUUCACCAACGGUGGAUCCACUCUCAGUCCACCGGCAUAUGUGAGAACACUGGGGGCCGCUCCCACGGGACAGGGUGCACCAAGCAUACGGAGGACAGACACCGAUGCCAUCUACCUCACCUGGGACUAUCCUGACAACAGAAAUGGUAUCAUCAACAGGUUUCAGUUGCGCCAGCGCCGUGCAUGUCCCCUGACUAGUCAGCCAGUCACCCCGUCUCGAACCUGCACCACCCAACAAGAAGCAGUGGUGUACAACGGUCCCCUACUGAUGUACAACGCCACAGAGCUGGUCCCGUACACCAACUAUGAGUUCAUGGUCACUGCCUUUAAUGAGCAAGGGGAGGCACCGUCUGGAUGGCAGCUAGGGACAACGUUACCUGCCCCACCCACGGCUGUGAAUGUGCCAGACAUAACCAGUAACCAGAGCUAUGUGCAUGUGGACUGGAGCGAUGCCUUCAGUCUGAACGGCUACCUGGAGGAGUAUGUCCUGUUUGACAAUGAGGAAAUCAGAUACAGCGGGCUGAACACUGCUUAUGACAUCUACAGGAGCAGUGUCAAAGUGUAUAUCAUCCGUGUUGAAGUUCGUACAACCCAAGGCCAGGCUUCUACUGUAACAGCUACUUACAACCCAGACACAGGUAGGUCACAGCUUGUACAAUGAUAAAACUCCUGGGUG